GCAGGGAGGGGUGGAAAGAGGAGACACGAGGAGAGUGUGAUUGUGUGCGUGCGUGCGUAAAUACGUGGAUGUAUGAAUACCGCCGGCCAGCGCUGCUACAGGAGCACGCACACACAUUUCUGACUCUCUCUCUCUCUCUCUCUUUCACACACACAUGCACUCUGAGGGAUGGUGUGUGUGAGCCAGCCAGCCAGCCUGUGUGAGUGUGUGUGAGCCAUGUUGGAUGUGAAUGAACGGGAGGAGAGAUGCUGUUAGGAUGCGCCGCUCCUAACGCGCAGACCUCCGGCUCCACGGACCACAGCGGGUAGAUGCCAACUCUCCAGGCCGACAGAGAGACGGGGGGAGCCUGGGGGAAGGUGUCGGGCGGUGCUGGCGGUCCUGGAACUGGCCACUUAGCCGGAACGAGGGAGAGAGAGAGAGGGAAGGCGCACUCUUGAGGGAGAAAGGUAGAGAUUAGUCUGCGGUGGAAGAGGGAGAAAGGAGGAGAGACAGAGAAAGGAAGAGACUAAAUGGCUGCACGUAUAACGGGCUUCACCCCGUUCCUGCUCUCGUCUCUGGCACUCCACCUGCUACUCCUCGGUUCUUUGUUAGCCCUCACCCCGGGGACGGUGAGCACAGGAGGGGCUUCCAGCAGACGCACGCCGGGCCUCCACCAUCGAGACACCGGUAAAGUGAAUCAGCAGCAACAGCAUCAUCGCUCGGAGGAAGCAGGGGGAUUACCGAGGAGCAGCUGGGAUCUACGCCCUAGCAGGUGGACUGUAGCGCGGAUACAGACUGAGGGAUGCGCUGGAGUGCAACACGCAGGAGGGAUCCUGAGAGGAUACCGUCAAGGCGGGACAAGGGGGAAACAAAAAAAGAGACUGAAAGGAGUCCGGAUGUUUUGGGAGAGACCAGACCUCUCUCCUGCUCCAGCACCUUCUCCUCUUCCCCACCCUAGUCUCGGGAGCUCCGAUGGCGUAGGAGGGGGUGUGGAGAGAAGAAGGCUGGAGAGAAAGGGCGUCGUUUCAUCUGUUUUCACCUCUUUGCCGGUUCAAAACAGCAAAAAGCGGGCAAUACAAAGGACUAAAACGUGGUGGCUGGAGUCGAGGCCACACCUCACUAAAUGUGGUGCUGACAGAGCCUUUGUGCACGCCUCUGGACAGUGCAGGGCACCCGGAAGUGGUACCAGGAAGAGAGGAAAGGUGUGCAAGGGGGGUUGUAAGGUGGAGAAGCUCUUAGCUACAUGGUGCUCCCAAACAUGCUGGCAAAUCCACUGUUUAAUCCUCAGAAAUCAACUCCUCUUCCUGGCCAACACGCCUUCACCUGGCUCCUUUCCAGCCCCUCCCUCUUGGUGCAACCAUCCUAUUCUUGGAUACAGUUUACCUCAUGCUGACGCUUCAAACCACAAGUGUUAUCCAUUCUUUACUAACAUGUUUGACUGGAUUCAAGCUGCAAAACUGGACUGUGUUUGUCGUUUUCCGACUUUCAUUUACUCUCAGACCGGAUGCACUUGUAAAAUCAAGCCACAACCAGUUUACAGGAUCAGCAACAGCAAGAAGCAGGUAUGGGAUGGUGAAAGGAGGGCUGGUAAUUGUUCUCAUUCGGGCAGGCACAAUGUUAUCAGCAGCAACAGGAAGUUGGUUGAAUUCAGCAGCAGUAGGACUGUGGGCAUUAAGAGCAGAGAGGGGAAGGCUGAGAUUUACCAAGGUGCCAGGGCAAAUGCCAGAUCUGAUUAUACCAGAAUUAUGGUUGAAGAGAGGGAUGAUGGAAACAAGGGAAAAGAAAGGGGAGGAGGGGUUUACCACAGCAACAAACACAGUAAAUUAUCUCAGGAUAAUGGUUUGGUUUUUCCGAAAGUGACGCUCUUACGCUGUACUGAAAAUAAGCUACAGGAAGAAAAAACAGCAAUCAGAGGGCAGAACAGACAGGUUACUAGUGGUUGCUUCAUUUGUUUGGGCAAAAAUAAUCUAAGGGGGGAAGGACAUUUAGCUGGGUUUAUGGGCCCCCAGGGAGGAGGAACUGAGAUGAAUCUCCUCAACCAAUUCAGUAUUAUGGCAGAAACAUCCAACCGACAGUUUGAGUCCAGCAAAAAAGCCAUUACUGACAUCAAAUUUAAAUAUUCUGAAUAUAACCCCCUCACUCAGACAGAAACAGAUAAUUAUGAAAGCAUAAAACUACUCAAAUCACACAUAAACCCUGAAAAACUAAAAGCUUCAGAAGCAGCUAGUGACUCAGACUUUUUCUUGCCUAAGUUUCCCUUCUCAUCCUCCCGCCCUGUCACAACUCGCUCUGCAGUAAAAGUAAAAACACACAUAGAGAGAGAACAGCGUCCCUCAUUUUUCUCACAAAUUAACCAGACCACGUGGCAACAGAAUGUGUUACAACCCUCCUCCUCUACUGAGGAGGUCAUUUCAGCUCAAUCUACAGCUCAGAGCGUGUUCCUGUUCAGCAAAUUUAACAUAAACAGCAAUAACAACAAUCAGAAGGAGGGGAUCAGAGAAAAUAAUGGGUAUAGUCUUGAAUCUCAGAUAGAAAAGUCAGCAUGGCAUAGUGAGACACAAAAACCAUAUCUGGGGGAAAGUGCUGUCUAUGCGAGGUGUGCUGAAAGCAUUCCCAAUGACUGUUCUGCCACUGAACAAGGUGCACAUAUGCAAUUAAAAUCUGGUAAUCAAGUGCCAUUAGAGCCUGAAGGUGUCAGACAGUCAGAUAGGCGGCAGAUGGGAACAAGAGAAGAAAGGGAGAGGAGCGCUGAAAGGGAGGGAGAGGGCUCGGAGGGGUCCACUGCUGAUGCUGCUGCUGCUGUUCGGGGAGAAAAAUUACAGGUGGGGGAGGGCGAGGGAGAGGCAUGGCUGAUGAGAGGCAGGGAACCACGUGCAGAGGAGAAAGAGGAGGAGGUGCGGGAGAAAGGAGUUACAAAGGGAAGCCAUGGAGAGGAGAGUAAGGAUGAGGGGGGGAUAGAUCAGGGUAGGGGCAGUAGCACUUCAGCCAUCACACAGUUACAUCACACAAGGGGGAAAAGAGAUAGCAAAGCAGAUGAAAGCCACAAGGGAAGUGAGGAGAUUAAGACUGAGGUUGAGGACGAGGAAGGGCACACUUCAAAGGAAGAGAGGAGCCUGGAACGGUUGAUAGUAGUAGCAGAUGAUGGUACCUCACCUGGAGAAAAAGACAGAAGGAUUGUGAUGCCGUGGUCUCGACCUCGACGUGCAGCCAACAGGCACCCUCAUUUCUCACUGUAUAACUACCAAGUUCAGGUGGCUGAGAACCAGCCGCCCGGCACCUCUGUCAUUAUAAUGUCAGCCUCAGACCCAGAUGCAGGAGAUGCAGGCAGGGUGAGCUACACAAUAGCUCCACUGAUGAACAGUCGAUCAUCUGACUAUUUCCACAUCCACCCAGACUCAGGCCUCAUCACCACCACUCAAGUUCUUGACAGGGAGCACAUGGAUCUGCAUUACUUCCGGGUCACAGCGACUGAUCAUGGCUCCCCACGCCUCUCCGGCACCACCAUGGUAGCCAUUACUGUUUCAGACAGGAAUGAUCAUUCUCCUAUAUUUGAGCAAGCAGAGUACAGAGAGACGAUUAGGGAGAACGUCGAGGAAGGCUAUCCCAUUCUUCAGCUGAGAGCAACAGAUUCAGACUCACCAUCUAAUGCCAAUAUACGUUACCGGUUUGUUGGCGAUUCAGCUGCAAUAGCACGAGCUGCCUUUGAAAUUGAUCCACGCUCCGGUCUGAUUACAACUCGUGGAUCUGUAGAUCGUGAAACAAAUGAGCACUACACACUCCAGGUGGAGGCCAGUGACCAGGGGAAAGAUCCAGGCCCACGAUCUGCGACUGUCAAAGUUUUCAUCACUGUGCUGGAUGAGAAUGAUAAUGUGCCACAGUUUAGUGAGAAGCGCUAUGUGGUGGCUGUGAAGGAGGAUGUUCGGCCUCACUCUGAGAUCCUCCGUGUGAGUGCCACAGACCGAGACAAGGACAGUAAUGCUGCUGUUCACUAUAACAUAAUUAGCGGAAACAGCCGUGGACAGUUUUCCAUUGACAGUGUCACAGGUGAAAUACAGGUGGUGGCACCUCUCGAUUUUGAGUCAGAACGGGAGUAUACACUGCGUGUUCGUGCACAGGAUAAUGGACGACCACCUCUCUCCAACAACACCGGAAUUGUUAGUGUUCAAAUUACAGAUGUUAACGAUAACCCACCUAUAUUCGUCUCCACACCAUUCCAGGCAUCUGUGCUUGAGAGUGCCCCAGUUGGCAGCUCCAUCCUCCACAUACAGGCCAUUGAUACAGACUCAGGUGAUAAUGCUCGCCUUGAGUACAGAUUAACUGGCACUGGCUCUGACACACCGUUUGUUAUCAACUCUGCAACAGGCUGGGUCACUGUCAGCUCCAUUCUUGACAGGGAAUCUGUGGAGCAUUAUUUCUUUGGGGUUGAGGCCAGGGAUUAUGGCAUGCCACCUCUUUCUGCCACAGCAAGUGUCACCAUUACGGUCAUGGAUGUUAAUGACAAUCGGCCCGAGUUCCUCCAAAAAGAGUACUACGCUCGGCUGAAUGAGGAUGCAGCGGUUGGUACCAGUGUAGUGACUGUCACAGCUGUGGAUAGAGAUGUCAACAGUGCUGUGACCUAUCAGAUAACGGGAGGAAACACCAGAAACCGCUUUGCUAUCAGCACAGCAGGAGGAGCAGGGCUUCUCUCCUUAGCCCUCCCACUGGACUACAAACAGGAACGCCGUUAUGUUCUCACUGUCACUGCCUCUGACCGCACUCUCCACGACACCUGUCAGGUACACAUCAACAUCACUGAUGCCAACACACACCGACCUGUAUUCCAGAGUGCUCAUUACUCUGUCAGUGUAAAUGAAGACAAACCAUCUGGAAGUACUGUAGUUGUGAUCAGUGCCACGGAUGAUGAUGUUGGUGAAAAUGCUCGAAUCACAUAUUUUCUUGAAGACAACAUCCCUCAGUUUCGCAUCGAUGCAGCCACAGGGGCAAUAACACUUCAGGCAGAGCUUGACUAUGAGGACCAGAUGACCUACACUUUGGCUAUAACAGCUAAAGACAAUGGUAUACCACAGAAAUCAGACACAACAUAUGUAGAAGUAAAUGUGAAUGAUGUGAAUGACAAUGCACCUCAGUUCCUCAGUCCCAGAUAUCAGGGGACGGUAAGUGAAGAUGCUCCCCCAUUCACCAGUGUCCUCCAGAUCUCAGCCACCGAUCGUGAUGCUCAUGCUAAUGGCCGCGUUCAAUACACCUUCCAAUACGGUGAGGAUGGAGAUGGAGAUUUUACUAUUGAACCUACAUCUGGCAUCGUCCGAACUUUCCGUCGCCUGGAUCGUGAGAGCGUGCCAUUCUAUGAGCUCACUGCCUAUGCUGUAGAUCGUGGUGUGCCCCCACAACGAACCCCUGUUCACCUUCAGGUGACAGUCCUUGAUGUAAAUGACAAUGCACCCGUCUUCCCUGCUGAUGACUUUGAGGUUAUGGUGAAGGAAAACAGUGCUGUGGGUUCUGUUGUAGCCCAAAUCACUGCCACUGAUCCAGAUGAGGGUGCUAAUGCUCAGAUCAUGUACCAAAUCGUAGAGGGCAACAUCCCAGAGAUCUUUCAGAUGGACAUAUUUUCAGGAGAACUCACUUCACUCAUUGAUCUGGACUAUGAGUCUCGUAAUGAAUAUGUGAUUGUAGUCCAGGCCACAUCGGCCCCUCUAGUCAGCAGGGCCACUGUUAGAAUCUGUCUGGUGGACCAGAAUGACAACCGACCAACUCUGAAGGACUUCCAAAUCAUUUUCAACAACUUUGUGUCCAAUCGGUCGAACAGUUUCCCCAAUGGGGUGAUAGGGAGGGUACCGGCCCAUGACCCUGAUGUGUCAGACAGGCUGUACUACACCAUCGACCGGGGAAAUGAACUUCACCUGCUGCUCCUGAAUCACACCAGUGGAGAGAUCAAACUGAGUCGAAAACUGGAUAACAACAGGCCACUGGUUGCUCCCAUGCUGAUCACUGUCACAGAUGGCGUCCACAGCAUCUCGGCCCAGUGUGUUCUCCGCGUCCUCAUCAUCACCGAGGACAUGCUGGGCAGCAGCGUCACCGUCCGCCUUCAGAACAUGUCCCAGGAGCACUUCCUGUCCCCUCUGCUGAGUAACUUCCUGGAGGGCGUGUCUGCGGUGCUGUCGGUGCCGGUUGAGGACGUGUUCAUCUUCAACAUCCAGCCGGACCUGGACGCCGCGCCGGGAAGCAUCCUGAACGUGAGCUUCUCUGCUGCGCUGCCAGGUGGACGCUUCUUCCCCUCCGAGGCCCUGGAGGAGCAGCUGUACUUGAACAGACCGAGGCUGACGUCACUGACGCAGAUGGAGGUUCUGCCGUUCGAUGACAACGUGUGUUUACGGGAGCCCUGCCAGAACUACAUGAAGUGCAUCUCAGUGCUGCGCUUCAACAGCUCUGCCCCCUUCAUUUCUUCACCUUCCAUCCUGUUCCGGCCAAUUCACCCCAUCGCGGGCCUGCGCUGCCGGUGCCCGGUGGGCUUCACAGGCGAUUACUGCGAGACGGAGAUCAACCUGUGCUACUCCAACCCCUGCCUGAACGGAGGGGUGUGUGCCCGCAGGGAAGGAGGCUACACGUGCAUCUGCCGUGAAGACUACACCGGUGACAGGUGUGAGUUUGACUGGAGGCAGGGUAGGUGCAUGCCAGGCGUGUGUCAUAAUGGAGGGACGUGUCGGGAGCUCUCCGGUGGUGGUUUCCGCUGCGAGUGUCCUGCAGGAGGCUACGAGCGCCCGUACUGCACUGUCACUGCCAGGACCUUCCAACCCAAGUCUUUUGUCAUGUUCCGGGGCCUUAGGCAGAGAUUUCACCUCUCCAUCUCAUUGACUUUUGCCACCCUGGAGAAAAGCGGCCUUCUCUUCUACAACGGGCGCUUCAAUGAGAAACAUGAUUUCAUUGCCUUGGAGAUCCAAGAGGGACAAGUGGUGUUCAAGUAUUCCACAGGUGAGUCGUCCACUCAGGUGAGCCCCUUCGUGCUCGGCGGUGUGAGCGAUGGGAACUGGCACACGGUUCACAUCCAUUACUACAACAAGCCAGCUACACGCUAUCCCAAACGCAGCAUGAUUGGAGAAGCGCAGGGUCCGUCAGAUGAGAAGAUAGCCGUGGUGAGCGUUGACGACUGUGACACCGCCUUGUCGCUUCGCUUUGGUUUGCAGCUCGGAAAUUAUAGCUGCGCUGCGCAGGGCAAACAGACCAGCAGCAAGAAGUCUUUGGAUCUGACCGGUCCAUUAUUUCUCGGAGGAGUUCCCAACGUGCCUGACAACUUCCCCUUUGGCACCAGGGAGUUUAUCGGCUGCAUGAAGGACCUGCAUGUGGACAGCAGGGCCGUGGAUCUCGCUGGAUUUAUCGCUAACAACGGAACACUUCCUGGUUGCAGUGCUAAACUCCCUUUCUGUAAGUCCAACCCGUGUCAGAAUGGGGGAACUUGCAGAGUGAGCUGGGAGACGUUCUCCUGCGACUGUCCGAUCGGAUACGGAGGGAAAGACUGCAGCCACACCAUGCCACACCCACACCGCUUCCUCGGUAACGGCGCCCUCUGGUGGGACCUGAAGAAUCACGUGACCAUCUCCACACCCUGGUACCUCGGCCUGGUGUUCAGAACCCGAGCCCGGGAGGGGACGCUGCUGCAGGCCCAGGCUGGCCAGUACACCAGUCUGUUGUUUCAGGUGAUAAAUGGUCAACUGGUGUUCUCCAUAACCCACGGCUCAACCCGGCCCGUGCGCUUACGUUUGGAUCAGGUUCAUGUGGCAGAUGGUCGGUGGCAUGAUCUCCAGCUGGAGCUGCGAGACGUUCGGAGUGGCCGUGAAAUGCGCUACGUCGCCACACUGCGGCUGGACUUUGGCCUCUAUCAGGGAACAGUAAUAGUGGGAAAUGAGAUUCACGGUUUGAAGGUGAAACACCUGCAUGUUGGAGGAGUGCUGGGCUCCGGCGAGGUUCAGAACGGGAUAAAAGGAUGCAUACAGGGGGUUCGACUGGGUGUGAGGCCCGACUCCCCCGCCCUGCCCCGCCCAUCCAGAGCGGUCAAAGUGGAGACUGGUUGUAAUGUCGCCAACCCCUGCGUCUCGUCACCUUGCCCGGCUCACAGUCACUGUUCUGACGUCUGGGAGCGACACAGCUGCUUGUGUGAACCUGGCUACUAUGGGAGAAGCUGCACGGACGCUUGCCACCUGAAUCCUUGUGAAAACGAGGCUCAGUGCCACCGAAAGCCGAGCUCUUCUCAUGGAUACAUUUGCGACUGCGGAGACAAUCAUUAUGGGCAGUACUGCCAGCACAGGAUUGAUCACCAGUGUCCGAGAGGUUGGUGGGGAUCUCCAACCUGCGGACCCUGUCACUGUGACACCAAUAAGGGUUUCGACCCGGACUGUAACAAGACGAGUGGACACUGCCACUGCAAGGAGUUUCAUUACCGUCCUCGAACCUCUGACACCUGCCAGCCAUGCGACUGCUACCCGGUGGGCUCCUUUUCGCGGUCAUGUGACCCCGAAACCGGCCAGUGCCAGUGCAGGCCUGGUGUGAUCGGUCGACAGUGCAAUGCGUGUGACAACCCCUUCGCCGAGGUCACAAAUUCAGGCUGUGAAGUUAUUUAUGAUGGCUGUCCAAAGACCAUCACUCAGGGGAUCUGGUGGCCUCGGACCAAGUUUAACCUGCCUGCUGCAGUCUCCUGUCCCAAAGGCUCUGUUGGUGCAGCCAUCAGACACUGUGAUGUGGCGAGAGGAUGGCUGGAGCCGGAUCUGUAUAACUGCACCUCGCCUCCGUUUGUGGAGCUCAGCGUCGCUCUUGACUCCCUUGAGCGUAACGAGACCGAACUGAACACCAUCAUGGAGAAGAAGUUGGCUCACCAGCUCCGGGACGUAACCGAGGCCACGGCCCGGCUCUAUGGGAAUGAUUUGCAGAUCGCUGAACGGCUGCUCUCCCGCCUCCUGACGUUUGAGACCCAGCAGAGCGGCUUUGGACUCACUGCCACUCAGGACGCACACUUCAAUGAGAACAUCCUGCGAGGCUGCAGCGUGUUGUUGGGUCCCAGCACCUCGGGACUUUGGAGAGCUCUCGCUCAGAGCCAGAACCACAUCCUGGGUGGUGGUCCUGCUGAACUGACGGAUCUGCUGGAACAGUACACCAAGAAUCUGGCCCAGAAUAUGAAACUUACCUACCUCAACCCUGUGGCCUUGGUCUCACCCAACAUUGUCAUGAACCUGGACCGCAUGGAGAACCUCACCUACGACAAGCAGCGUUUCCCUCGUUACCACGCCACUCUGUUUCGCAGUCAAACCUUGUGGGAUCCCUACACCCACGUGACGCUGCGCCCGGCCGCCCUGGUGCCACAACGACAGCAGCAACACAACUGGAAGGAGAAAGAGGGGACAGAGAAAGAUUCCGUUGCCCCUCAGAGUGCUGCCUCGGCCCCCAGUGGUAUCUCGGCCAAUCAGACGAGAGAAUACACCGCAGCCAGACGCAGCUUGUCAGUGCCUGAGCCCCCCAUCACCAUCAUCAUCUUGCUCAUCUAUCGAAGCCUGGGUGCUGCUCUGCCUCCUAAAUAUCACGCAGAUCGGAGAGGAGUGAGGCUUCCCAGACACCCAGUAAUGAACUCUCCAGUGGUCACUGUCUCCGUCUACAACAACCAGACGUUUGUGGGCGGUCACUUGGACCCGCCCAUCACGCUGGAGUUCAAAUUGCUGGAAACAGCCAAUCGCAGCAAACCGUUGUGUGUGCAGUGGAAUCACAGCAGCCCGCACGAGAUAGGAGGCUGCUGGACGGUGAGGGACUGCGUAGUGGUUUACAGGAACACCUCACAUGUCCGCUGCCAGUGCCACAGACUCGGCACCUUUGGCGUGCUGAUGGACAGCUCACAGAGAGAGCAGUUGGAGGGGGAUCUGGAGAUGCUGGCCGUGGUGACGUACUCCUCUCUGUCUGUGUCCAUGUUGGCCCUCCUCCUCACUGUCCUGGUGCUUUCUUGUCUCCGGGGCCUCAAGUCCAACACCAGGAGCAUCCACUCCAACACAGCAGCAGCCAUGUUUUUAUCCGAGCUGGUGUUUUUGCUCGGCGUCAAUCAGACGGAGCAACAGUUCCUGUGUACGGUCGUUGCCAUCCUGCUACAUUAUUUCUUCAUGUCCACGUUUGCUUGGAUGUUUGUGGAGGGUCUUCACAUUUACCGGAUGCAGACCGAGCAACGCAACAUCAACUACGGAGCCAUGAGGUUCUACUACGCCAUUGGCUGGGGCGUGCCCGCCAUCAUCACAGGCCUGGCAGUGGGUUUGGAUCCUGAGGGUUACGGGAACCCAGACUUCUGUUGGAUCUCCAUGUACGACAAACUCAUCUGGAGCUUUGCUGGCCCUGUCGCCAUCGUAAUCCUGAUGAACGGAGGGAUCUUCAUGAUUGUUGCCAAGAUGUCCUGUAAUCCAUCUCAGAAGGAGACCAAGAAACUCCCGGUCAUCGCUACUAUCCGAAACGCCUUCCUGCUCAUGCUGGUGGCCACCUCCACCUGGCUGUGUGGUCUGAUGGCGGUGAACAACAGCAUCCUGGCUUUCUACUACAUCUUCGAUAUCCUCUGCCUCGUGCAGGGUCUGUCAGUGAUGCUGGUCUUCACUGUGUUCAACUCAGAAGUCCAGGAGGCCUGGAGAGUUGCCUGUUUGGGUAAAAAGAGCCCUGGAGAAGACCCACCGAGACCCCCGCAGAGCACAGCUCAGAACCCUUAUCACAAUGCAUCUCUGCUGGAGCAGAGCGGUUUGCACCGCAUCACCCUGGGAACCUCCACCAUCUCCUCUGUCAGCUCUGCAAGAGAAAACCUUUUGGCUCGUCAAACUCUGGAACAAAACCUUGUCCAGACUGGAGCCACAGACCUGGAUGUAGCCAUGUUCCACAGAGAUGGAGGUAAAUGCGGGGACUCGGACUCGGACUCGGACCUCUCCAUGGACGAGGAGCGCAGCCUCUCCAUCCCGUCCUCGGAGAGCGACGACAACGUGCGUCUCCGUGGGCGCAUCCAGCGACGAUUCAAACGCUCCAAUCACAGCGAGCGCCUGCUCACCGAACCCGCCAGCAAUGACACCAAAGAUCUGGAUGGCAACGACCUUUUGUCCUACUGGCCAGCUUUGGAAGAGUGUGACACACACACCUUACAGAAGUGGGGCUCGGAGCGCCCUCUGGGGGCCGACUACAGCAAGGACGCAGCCAAUAACAACCAACUGGAUGCAGCGCUGACCAGUGGGGACGAAAACAGCCUCUCUCAGCCUCACAGGCAUCGCAAGGGUAUCCUUAAGAAUCGUCUUGGAUGUCCACCGGCACUCCAGGGUCUCUCCACGAUGGGCCGCGUCCCCAGUGAGCUCAACUGGUACCGAACCUCCACGCUUGGCCAUCGAGGAGUUCCAGCGGCUUCGUACGGCCGCAUGUACUCCGCCACUGCCGGUGCCACGGGAGGUUCCGGUUCUCUUUCCCAGCCGGCUUCCCGGUACUCCUCCAGGGAACAUCUGGACUCUCUGGCCCGGAGGCAGCUGUCCAGGGAUCCUUUAGGGAGGCAGACGGUGGGAGGUUCAAGGGAGCGGCUGGACUCCCGGGGCUCCAGGGACAACCUGGAUCUCUUACCCCGGAGGAGAGAGCUUGGACUGGGGCAAGGAGCAGGACUGGUGGGCUUGGAUCACCAGCGAGUCUCUUCAUCCAGGGAGAACUUGUCGGGCUCCAGGGACAGACUGGAAAACUACCAUUCCACCAGCUUCCACACCUCGAGAGAAGAUCUGAGUGGGAACGGUGGAGCUGUUGGAGCCGGAAUGGAGGGAUACCUCAGCGGGUCGAGGUCGCAGCUGAACACGCUGACGCGGCGUCAGGCCUCGUCCCGGGAGCACCUCGGAGGGUCUCUGAUAAGUAGCAGGUCAAGGGAAGAGCUGGAGACCAACGGGGUGGGGGCUCAGGCUCAGACGGGUCGUGAGUGGCUCCGGAGUCUGCCCCCCCGGCAGCCCUCGCACCCCGAUCAGCCUCCCUCGGCCUCGCCCCCUCCUCCCAUCUCUGAGGAGCCCCAGCAGGAGCAGCUACCUCCCUCGGCUCAUGCCAGAGGACGCCUGGACUCUGCGCCUUCAUGUAGGUACCCUGGUCAGACUAUCCCUCAAGUCUCAGGUCUAAAUCCAAACCCCUUGGUUAGACAACCGUCCAGUGAACAGCUGGACAUUCUGUCCUCCAUCCUGGCAUCCUUUGGUUCCUCCGUCCUCACCCCACCUGCUCCCUCUAACCCUAACGGCUCAGUCCACGGACCCUCCCCUUCCCCACCCCAGUCCACCACGUCCCACAGCAUAUCUGAAGUAUCUCCUGACUCAGAAGCCAACAGAAGUGAGGGGCAAUCUUGAUGACAGCCUCAGCAUCUGUUAAUGUGUUACAACAGUGCGGACCUCACAAGGAGCGAGAUCGAACUUCAUGGACGGCACUGAGUUGAUGGAACAAAGGCAACAAAACAAAAUAAAGAUGGAAAAAGACAAAAAAAUCAGUGACAAGAGAUUUGUGGGCUGGUUGUACUGUGUAAACCAAGAUUUUGAGCCCCACUGCCUAAAAAAAUACAUGGUUCUUUGGACAGCAAAUCAACCGCCUCUACUACCUACAAACUGUUAGAAAAUAAUAAAGAAAAAACACACAUACACCAACGUGACAAAAUCCACAAAAAAGUAAAUGAAAAAAACGUGAUUGUAAAUAACUUUUUAUACAUUUUUUAGCUUUUUUCAUUGAAGGUGAAGAAAUCUCUUGUGAUGUUCCUUUUUUUAUGCAGUCGUGUCUGUAUGAAGAUGGUGAAUGAGCUUGAUGCGAGUGCAGUCUUGUGCGUUGCUGAGGGAAGCCAUUUCCUCGACAAAGAAGAAAAAAAAUUGUUUUUUUUGUUUCUCUCAAAUUUCUCCCCGAAUAACAUUUUUCCUCAGAAUGUUCCUCCCACCGUUGAACUUUACGUAAAGUGACAGGGGUCCGGCAAUAGAACCCGAUGAGAUUAUCAAAAACCGCACGAUCAGUGGGUUAAAAGGGUAAAUAUCAAAGUUGCAGAAAGUGAUUGUAAAUAGAGGAAGGAAUUAUUAUGAGAGAGGAGAUUUGAUGGAACAAGAUGAUUGUGCAGAGAAAGAAGCUGGAGGUUGAACCGUUGAAGCUCAGUCCCAGGUGUCGACAGUUUUGGUUCUUUGUGGGGGCGACCUCAUGCUGUUUUGUGAUUUGAUGUAUAUAAACGUGACCUUGUCAUCUAUCUGUAUAAUUUUGUGCCUGGUGCUGUCAGGAGCAGACCGUAUCAGUCCACUGAUACAGCAGGAACAUAUCUAAGUUGUGAACACCCGAUGGGUGAAAGUUGAUCUUUCCUCCCUGUGUGAGGCUGGAUCGUCUUAAAAACUGCUUUAAAACCCCUCGAGGUAUUGUUUGCACUUUGAUGCAUCAUGACUCAGCUCGCCUUGAGGGGCACCGCGGGAGUAACUGAAUCCCUCCAGCAGCAUCCAGGAAACUCAUUUUAUAGAAGCUUCUCAAGCAGAAGUUGUGCAAAUUUAAGCCAAAGGUACCUAAAGUCAGUUUGAAACAUAUUCUUCCCCUUUUUUCUCCUCUAAAAAAAAAUCACUUGUACAGAGUGAGACAGUGUAACCCAUUUUUCUUAUAACUAUGAUUUUUUAAAUUAAUUAAUUAAUUAAUUUUUACCAUAAAUGCACAGACAUGAAUAAAUUUCUUGGCAUCCUUCCACAAAGUUGAAAACAAAAAUUCACAUUAAUGGCCAGAAAGCUCUAGUUAAGUCUCAUCAGUUCUCCCAGCAACUUUGAGGAUAAUCAACAUAUGUUUUGAUGAAUUCUUUGUCUGGCCUAUUUGUGUUUUCGUAUUAAUAAUUGAGGUUUCCUGGGCUUUUUUUCCAUGGAGCUCCUUAUUAUUCACAGUGUGACAGAUGUUGCAAUCAGGAAGUGAUUUUGGAGUUCUGGUUGUUUUUUGGGGGGGUUUGUUUUUUUUACCAUGCACCUGAUCAACCUGGGGUUGCAUUUCUUCUUGCAUCCAUGUCCUGAGAGUACCAUGAACUUUUUUCAACAUUUGGCAACUGUGGAAUCUUUUAACUUUAACAUGAAUAUCCAUAAUAUCCUCAGGCAGCUGAGUACUGAGUACCAACAAAUCUGUCCAUACUAUUUUAGGCUAUCUUUGUAAAAUUCUCGUUUUUUAAUUCACUUUUCAUGAGGAACAAAGCUUUGUUUCAAUGAGUUGUAAGGGUACCAAAACAUUUGUCUGUCUGCACAAUGUAAGAUGAGUAAUAUUUCCAUUAGUGAGGCCUUAUUUCUACACAACAAAGCUUACAAAAGCUACAAAACAAGAAAUUUGUUGAAGGAUAAAUUGGGUCAGGAGCUGCGACUACCGCAGGGAGAAAUGCAUGGAUGCUGCUCAUCAUGGGGACAGAAAUAGACAGAAACCUGGGAAAAUGUGGAAACAAAUACAUCCCAAGCAAACGCAGACAUCUUCCUGCUCUGACUGUCAAUCACUGAAAACCAACCAAGCCUGUUUGUGACAGUGUUACUGCCAAAAACUGUUCCUGCAGGGGAAACGCAUCAGUCUUUUCAAAGAAGUCCACCUUUAAUAAAAAUCCUCAUUAGCUUUUUUUAUUUUUUCCCACAGAUUUUACUUUUAACAAACAUGAAAUCUAAUUUAUUUAUUUAUUGAUAAUUCAUAAGCACUGUGUGAAUGAUUUGUUUUUGAGAUUUUGUAUGGAAAGCUGUUUUUCAAGAAUGCAUGUUUUUAUUUUUUACUUUUUUUGUUCAAAUGUUCCUUUUUAUAUAUGUAAUUUGAUGUUUUUUUAUUAUAAUAUUGCAAUCAGAGACUCUCAAGGUGACAAAUUCACAGAUGGAGGACAAGAUAAUUAGAAUAUUUGAAUGGAAAAGUUUCGAAUUAACCAACACUUUAAAAUGGGAUUUCUUACUUAAUCAUAGUCAAACUGAGGGAAAUGUUUUCUAAAAGGACAGGAAAGUGCUUUUGUUCUCUUAAAUAUCACAUUCAAACAUGUCUAAAUUCAAAGAUGAAAACGGUCAGAUCACCAGGUGAUGGGUCAGCUUCAUACUUUUCAGUCAGCUGUCAGUAAAUUCAGGACUGUGAGGUUUGAACCUUUAGGAGCCAGCAGAGAUCACCGAUUUGAGUCUAAAAUGUUGUUGUGUAGUUGGGAAAAGGAAAAAAAGGAAGGAAGGAUGAUUGUCUUUGUUGGUUUGUGUUCAUUAUCAGAUGCCUUCUAUCCCGCCGUCUGGAUGGAAACAGCUGUUCCCCCUGUUACUGCGGAAACAAGAGAAACGUUGGACAUUAAAAAAAGAUUUAUUCCUACA